UCGGCUGAAAAACAGCCUCUCCACCGCUAUACAGUCAUAACAGUGUUUUGAUCGAAUCGUCUUAAUUCUAUUUUAACCUUUUGAUUUAAUGUAUCAGUCUGAUAAUUUUCUUUAAAGUCAAACAUCAGUGUGAAUCCAAAAAAAAAAUUGUGACGUUUGACCGAUUAGGUCCAGCUUUUCUUGUGUUUAUUACUUGAAAAUCUUGAAAUUUUAGAACAUCUGUUCCUUUGUUUCGAAAAUUUUGCCAUUUUCGAGCCACGUAAUGCAUUAAAAAUGACUAAUAAGUGAAUACAAUUUUGGCCUGACCCGAAGGUGUUACAAACCACAGAGAAAUUUAUUUUUUUUUCUCUUCAAAAACGAGAAGCGAAAAAGUAGCACGCAAAAUCGCGACUCAACUCCAUAAGUGGAGAUACGAAAAUUGCGCAAAGCGUGUUCAAACUAUAACAAGAGUUACAACAAAUACUCAAAAUGAAUAGCAGUCGCCGAAUUACAUUUUGGAAAUUCGCCGCAUUUAUUGUGGGUUGCGUUGAAAUCGCGUUUUACGUGUUUUUAUUUUACCUGUGGCAGUUCGACAAUCAUGUAUUUGUCACGUAUAAAAUUGAACCGAUAGCAUUUUAUGUCACAGCUGCCAUCAAUUUCAUAGCCACUGUCAUUUGGUUCUCGGGAAUUUUUUCGAGUAAAACGGCGUUUAUGGCGAUAAGCCUUACGGCGUGGGCCUUGGAAUUGAGUCUAUGGCUGUUUGCGAUGUUAAUUUACACAACGCUCAAAGUGUCUGAUAAAAUAGAUGUCAGAAACAAAUUGGUGAGAGAUGGUCUGGGUCGUGCAAUGGUCAAAUAUUUCGAUGGUAUCGCUGUUCGUGGCACAGCGUUUCUAGUGAUAUUCUAUUUGGUGGCGGUAUCAUGCUACGCAAAAUUGAAAGAUUCCAUUAAUAGACACCGAUCGGAAAUUCCGAGAGCAAAUGUGGUCUAUACGGCGGCACCGACUGAAAAUUGGUGAACAAACCGAAUAUCGACUGUAACUGGGAACACCGAAUCUAUUCAACCGAAUAUUUCGUGUCAAAAUUGUCGACUGCAAUAAAACACGUGAAUGUUAAUGAACUCUCGAAUAAAUUCAGUCAUUUUUAAGUCAUUUUUUUUCUAUGAAUUUUUAGCAUUUACAAAUAAAAUUAGAAACUACGGUGAAACCAUGUGUUUUUCUUCUCAAAAACUAGAUUAUUUCCUUAAUUAUCUCGCAAUAUUUUUGUUUGCAGCGUUAACGGCCGAAUGGGACACGGACGAUUUCGGUCUGUAUUUUGAGUGUGUAUGCGCAACGUGUCGCUUUUCGACGGAUCAUUUUUUACAGUUUGUGAUCAUCUCGCGAUCAUUUUAAUGUCGUUUGUUGCAGACUGGCGACUGCGGUUGAGUGCGUAGUAUCGCAAUAACGGCGUCCGGAAAAACUCACUUUUCAUCACCUUUUUAAGCCUAGAUUUGUUUUUAUUGACGGUUUUUUUUUUCGCCUCAAUUUGUUUUUCUACCGCAACAAGUUUGAUCGUUUUGGUUAUUUGUAGUUUUUGUUCGGUCAUUGUCGAAUUUUUUUUUUCAACUUCUUCAAACGACUUUUGUACGAAGACGAAGGGAGAAAUUUGGUUAUUUUGUGCCAUUUAAAGGUUCAAUUCUGCCGUAUUGAAAUAAUUCGUGAUUUUUUCUUUCGUUCACAAUUAAAAAGUUAUUGUAAAUUAUCAAAGAUAUUUUACUCAAAAAGCAAAACUGUAUGAACUUUCUUGAAAAAAGACAUUUUCUUGAGAAAUUGGUGAAUUUCCCCCCUAAU